AAUAUUUACAGCAGUGUAAGAAAAAUUUAUGAUUGUAACGUUUUAGUUAAAACCUUAUUUUCAUUUUUCAUGCAUGAUGUUAAAAAAGAAAGUUAAUACAUGAGGAUAGAUGUAUCCUACAUGCUUGGUUUUGUGAAAUUCAAAUUGACUUGGCCAAUGUAAACAAGAAAUUGUGAAAUUGUUCAUAGAAUUUAUGAGGUUUUAGAAUUAUAAAACAAACCUAAAAUAAUAUGGAAAAACUGGAUGAAGCAAAGGGGCAAAAAGAAGAAUUGAAAGUAGGAGAAUUUGAAAACCUAUCUAAUUCUUCAUCUCCAAAAACAAAAGAAGAAAUAUGGAAGAAAGAAGUGCCAAUACCUCCUUUUUAUUUUCAACCCACAUUGGUUGAUAUGCUUGUGCCUAUUAAAGCACUUCACUACAAAGAUUACCCAUAUUUUGCUGAUAUGCCUGAAGAAAUUCGGGAGCGCAUUGUUGCAUUAUUACCAAUUGAUUUACCAUUAGAUCUUAUUUCCGAUUUGAUUACAGAAGAGAGUUAUUGGAAGAGAAGAUCACUUUCUAGAUGGCGUAAUGUUGAUAUUGCUUGUCAUGGAGACUCAUGGAAACAGCUAUAUUUUGAACGUAAUUUGAGUGAAUUUAUUGAAAGCUACGAGUUAACGAAGGAUUUAAAGAAAGAUCUGCAAGACCUCUUAAGACUAAGUGCAGCUUAUGUACAUAAUAUCAAUUUGCAAAAACUUCCUUCACAUUUGCAGUUACUUCUAAUAAAUGAAGAAUUGCAAUGGAAUCUAAGUACAUUAAAGAUUGAAUAUGGAGAUCCAAAUGCAUGUAUGAGUUAUGAUAUCAAAAAAAUUGGAAUGCUUAAUUCUGAUUGUAUUUCUAUGGCGGCAUUUUGUUCUGUUACCCACACCUUAACGGAGCUGAACUUAUCUUCAAAUGCUCUUUGUGAUGAUCAUGUGCUUGCACUUGUGGAUGGAAUGGUUCAAAACCCUACAAUUGUUAAUUUGGAUCUCUCACACAACAUGAUUUCUGAUGUUGGAUGUGAGCAUCUUGCUCGACUGCUCAAUGCAAAAAAUUGUAUUCUCUUGUUUCUCAACCUUUGCAAUAAUCAAAUUAAAAAAAUGGGAACACAAGCCAUAGGAUAUUCUCUAUCUACAAACAAGAGUUUGUUAUCUUUGAAUUUACGUUUGAAUGAUCUUGGAGAUUAUGGUGGUCAUCGUGUUUUUGAGUAUAUGAUGGACAAUCAAGUUAUCCAGAGGUUGAGUAUGUCAGCAACUGGAUUUAGUGUGGAAGGUGUGGAGGCAUUGACAAAGUUGCUUCAUUUACCACAAUCAGAACUUCAAUAUUUAGAUAUCUCAGCCAAUCCAGGAAUUGGUCCUGCUCAAGGACAGACCAUAUAUGCUGCAUUGGUUGCAAAGAAAAAAAUGAAAGAAUUACAUAUCAAAAAAUGUGGCAUUGGAGUGGAAUUGGAAGCACAAUUUGAUGGCUUGUUACAAGCUCGUAAAUUUGAUAUGGAAGAUUUGUUUUUAAAUCCAGAGGCACAUGGAUAAUUCAUAAGGCUGUUUUAUUUUAUUUUGUUUUGAUCCUUAUUCUUACUUUCACCUUUUUCAUUAUAUAUAUAUGUAUAUAUAUAUAUAUAUAUACAUAUACAUGUAUAUAUGUAGAAAAUUAACAAACCUAAUUUAUGGUUGAAGUAUCGUGUAUUGAUGGUUGGAAAUUUAUUGGUAGUGACUACAUAUUCUUGUAAAAGUUUUAGACGUUCUUGUAUGAAAUAUUUAAAAUUAUACUUACAAGGGUUGAAACAGUGAUUAUUUGUAGACAUAUUUUGAAUUUGUGAGGUCCCAAUUACAUUAUUUUUCAUAAUGAAAGUCUUAAAAUUGGGUUGAUUUAUACAUUUGAAGAAAACUGUUAUGUGUUAAUUAGUUGAUACUUAAAAAUAAAAAGUUGGAUCAACAGCAAUAUUUGGAUUUUAAAUAUCUCAUUUUAGUUUUGACUGUUGAACAUGUAGUGAACAAAGGAUUACCAUCUUCAAUCAUAAUAAAGCCUAUUUCAAC